UCCCAUAAAAGGAUCCACUCAGGAGAGAAACCAUAUAAAUGCAUGGAGUGUGGAAAGACCUUUGCUCAGAGCAGUGGACUCAGAAACCACAAAAUGAUCCACACAGGGGAAAAACCAUUUAAAUGCUUGGAGUGUGGAAAGACAUUUGCUCAAAGAGGUAAUUUUAUUUCCCAUAAGAUGAUCCACACAGGGGAGAAGCCGUAUAAAUGCAUGGAGUGUGGAAAGACUUUUGCUCUGAGCAGUGGACUCAGAAACCACAAAAUGAUCCACACAGGGGAAAAGCCAUUUAAAUGCAUGGAGUGUGGAAAGACAUUUGCUCAUAAAGGUAAUCUUAUUUCCCAUAAGAUGAUCCACACAGGGGAGAAGCCAUAUAAAUGUACGGAGUGUGGAAAGACGUUUGUUCAACAACGUAAUCUUAUUUCCCAUAAGAUAAUUCACACCGGGGAGAAACCAUAUAAAUGCACUGAGUGUGGGAAAACUUUUACUCGUAGCUAUGAACUUACUAUCCACAAAAAGAUCCACACAGGAGAGAAAACAUAUAAAUGCAUGGAAUGUGGAAAGACCUUUGCUCAGAGCAGUGGACUUAGUUGCCACAAAAAGAUACACACAGGAGAGAAACCAUAUAAAUGCAUGGAGUGUGGAAAGACCUUUGCUCAGAGCAGUGGACUUCGUUCCCACAAAAAGAUGCACACAGGAGAAAAAUCGUACAAAUGCACAGAGUGUGGAAAGACAUUUGCUCAUAGAGGUAAUCUUAUUUCCCAUGAGAUGAUCCACACAGGAGAAAAGCCAUAUAAAUGCACGGAGUGUGGAAAGACCUUUGCUCAAAGGGGUAAUCUUAUUUCCCAUAAGAUGAUCCACACCGGGGAGAAGCCGUAUAAAUGCAUGGAGUGUGGGAAGACCUUUGCUCUGAGCAGUAGACUUAGUUCCCACAAAAAGAUCCACACAGGGGAGAAGCCAUAUAAAUGCACGGAGUGUGGAAAUACCUUUGCUCAAAGAGGCCAUCUUAUUUUCCAUAAGAUGAUCCACACAGUGGAGAAGUCUUAUAAAUGCAUGACAUGUGGGAAAACCUUUAGUCGUAGCAGUGAACUCACUAGCCACAAAAAGAUCCAUACGGGAGAGAAAUCAUAUAAAUGCAUGGUGUGUGGAAAGAGCUUUGCUCAGAGCAGUGGACUUAGCAUCCACAAAAAGAUCCACAUAAGGGAGAAACCAUUUAAAUGCAUGGAGUGUGGAAAGAUCUUUGCUCAAAGCCGUUAUCUUGCUUCCCAUAAAAAGAUCCACUCAUGAGAGAAACCAUUGAAAUGCACAGCAUGUGGGAAAACGUUUACUCAAGGCAAUGGACUUACUACCCACAAAAAGCUCCACAGAGUGGAACAACCAUAUAAAUUCAUGGACU